AUGCCUCCUCAAACUAUUCAGCUUGGUUUGAAGAAGAACGAUCGUCUUACUCCCAGCGACUACGAGAGGGAUAUUCGUCAUUUGCGCUUCGAAUUGGAGGAUGGUCAGGAUCUUCCCUAUCUUCUUGGUGAUGUCCUCAACAUCCACCCCAUGAACGAGGCUGGCAGAGUUAGUGCUUUCCUUCAGUCUUAUGGUCUCAACCCCUCGGAGAUGGUCAAGAUCACUCCUGUAUCCGAGAACAUCGAUGCUCGCAAGCGCGCUGCUUCUCUCCGUCCCCGUACUAUCUCCCAGCUCUUUGAGGAGUCUUUGGAUAUCUUCGGUCGUCCCAACAGGGCUUUCUACAAGACUCUGUCCAAAUUCGCUGAGGAUCCCAAGGAAAAGGCUGAGCUGGCGUUGAUCGGCAACCCCGAUGAUACCAAGGGUCGUGAUAUGUACACCAAGCUGGCUGGUGAGACUGUGACCUUCGCUGAUAUCCUCAAUAAGUACACCAGUGCUCGUCCUUCUCUUGAUCAGUUGAUCACUCUCAUCCCUUGCACUAAGCCUAGGCUCUAUUCCAUUGCUAGUUCCCCGAGGUUCGUUGGUCCUAAGGCCAUCGAGCUUGCUGUUGUGAUUGUUAACUGGACUACUGCCUCUGGUGUCCGAAGAACUGGUACUGCUACCGAUUAUAUCCAGCGUAUCGUGCCGGGUCAGAAGACUACCGCCACUAUCACUUCUGGUAGCUUCAAGUUCCCCGAGAGCCCGAUGACACCUAUGAUCAUGGCUGGCCUUGGUACUGGUCUUGCUCCCUUCCGCGCCUUCUCUCACGAGCGUGCUUGGAUGAAGCGUCAGGGCAUCCAGACUGGUCCCAUGUGGCUCUUCUAUGGGUGCCGUCAUCAGAGUAAGGAUUACAUCUUCGGUAACGAGCUCGAUGGUUUCGUUAAGAGGGUGCCAUCACUGAGCUUCAUCCCGCAUUCUCUC